CAAUUAUCGUUUACGAUGGUGCACGUGAUAUGGUAUGGCGUCUUCAACAUCCUGCUAUGUGGCCUGAUCCAGACUUGGGUUUGGUACAAGUACUAAAUGAUCGCUUUUUCAUUAUGGAUGGUGUUAUUGGCUUAGCUUUUGAUGCAGUCAACGGAAUACUUUAUUUCCAACCAUUAGCUACCGAUCGCAUCUUUUCGAUAACCAAAGAAGCAUUACGUGCUGGACCACGUCGCCUGCACGACGUAUUACCAAUUCAAUUUCUGGGCAAAAAGUCAUCUCAGGGAUUACCACUUUACUUAUCACCGCAAGAUGGCAGCCUCUUAUUUAGUCCCGUUACUGAAACCGCAAUUGUCUCCUGGCAUCCGCAAACAAAUAAACAGGCUGUACUCGCCUACGAUGUGGAUGCAUUACAAUUCGUUGCCGAUAUAGGCGACUCUCCAUGGGAUGCUGGUGUGGUGUACGCCAUGUCGUCGAAGUUUAACCGAUUCACAUUAGAAACCGUCAAUAGACAAGAAAUAAACUUCCGGCUGAUGCGAUUCAAAUAUCCGAGUAGAAGUGCGGUACCGGCACAGACUCUAUUCACACCAUCUAAUCCUAUACGUGGUGAUUUGUAUACGAACGGCCAACGUCUGAAUGCUUUGAAUGACACAGCUUACGAGAUUGUCGAGGAGCGAUCAGUGCCAUCUCCUAGCGUAGCCUAUAACUUGGGACGAAGUGCAAAAAUUUAUCAACUGCAUGGUCUGCGAAACGGAUUGCACACAUUCACGGGAAAUAGCGUUCCAGCAGCGGCAAAUGUCUUUCCGCUUGGACAUGGAGGUUAUAGUUAUAGUGUAGGACACAUCGGCCACUAA